AUAUAAAGACAGGAGUGGUGGCCUGGCAGACUAUUAGUCUUUCUCUCGAUCUCCUGACCGGUUCGCACACUCUCCAUGUGUCUCUUCGAAAGGGAUCGUAAAUUCGUGCGAUUUAAUCGGCAUAUCGCGGUCCUUGCUGACUAAGUUCGACACACGUGCUUUGUGAACCUGCUUCAACCACUACUGCUUUUCUCUUCUCAUUUUUCUUUUCUUUUCUUUUUUUUUUUUUCUUUUUUUAUUUGUACCUUUUCUCGUUGCCUCUUUUUUUAACCGUUGUUCUUCCUUUUUCUCUUCUUCUUUUUCUUCUCAUUUGUAUAUUUAUAUUUAUAUAUAUAUAUAUUUUUUUUUCUUUUUUUAACGUGAGAAAACUGAACCAUCAAGAACACCAAUAUGCAUUCGAAAUUGGAACAAAAUUUUUGCCGGUCUACCAUGCAAUUUGCUGUACUUUUUUUUCUUCUGAUGUCCUUCGACAAGGUUCAAGCUAAUUGCACGGGAAAGAAGAUACUACAAAUGAUCAUUUUCGUCUUGGAUUAAAAUCGCCCUUAAUUAAAUGGGAGCAUGGUGAUGACACGACGAGCAAUGGGUUCCGGUAGAAUAUCAUGCGAAGAGAAACAGAUUAUACUGGACGAGCAUAAUCGUUUGAGGCAACUGGUGGCACUUGGACAAAUUCACGGCCAACCUGGGGCGGCUAAUAUGAUGGAAAUGCUUUGGGACGACGAAUUGGCCGACGUUGCACAAAAAUGGGCGGACAGUUGCGCCGAGACGCACGAUAAUUACAGAAACGUUCGCAGAUUCGCAGUGGGUCAGAACAUAGCACGAACUUGGACUACCAGACCCCCGGGACCUUACGACAGCGAACCGAAUUGGAGACGACAAAUUUCGGGCUGGUUCAACGAGGUUCAACACUAUCACACCGGUUACAGUAAGACUACGGGACACUAUACGCAGUUAGUUUGGAGCGAUACGUUUCUCAUAGGCUGUGGAUAUUCGUUCUAUUACGAUCCAGCGAAAGGAUAUACUAAAAAUUACGUUUGCAAUUAUGGACCGAGUGGAAACAUCAUUGGUUACCAACCCUAUCAAUCCGGACAACCUGCAUGUAGUAAUUACGGAAUGAUUUAUUCAAAUCGAUAUUCUGGUCUCUGCUCACGGGGGAAUUAUUAUCACUUAGGCGCAUUAUGUGUCUACGGCUAAACGCAUAAAUGACGAAAUGUUCGUCAAAAAUACGACCCUCGAUUUUAAUCGUAUGCGAAAUAUGAUUAAAUUAUAUAUUAAUCACUUACUUGAUAUGCAUUUGAUAAUGAAGAAACGCAACCCUAAUUGUUAAAUACGAACAAACUUGAUGAUAAAGACGUUAUAUGAAUAAUCGAAAUUCAUUAGUAAAUUAAAAAAAAAAAAAAAAAAAAAAAAAA